AUGCGAUUGACGAUACUUGCCACGAUCGCAUCUCUCACCUUGACCCAAACUGCACGCGCUCAAACAACAAGCAGCUGCAACCCAACACAACAAUAUGGCUGCCCUGCUGAUCCGGCACUUUCAAAAUCGAUCAACGUCGACUUUACCUCUGGCGAAUCGAAUCAAUUUACAGCAUCAGGCUCACCAACAUACAACUCCAAUGGCGUAUCAUUCACCGUCGCUCAGUCAGGCGACGCACCGAUGCUUACAUCAAACUGGUACAUCAUGUUCGGGAAGGUCGAAGUGAAGAUGCGAGCUGCUCCGGGUCAAGGAAUAGUCAGCAGCUGCGUGCUACAAUCAGACGACCUUGAUGAGAUUGAUUGGGAAUGGGUUGGAAACCAGCAGGACCAAGUCCAAUCCAUCUACUUUCGAAAAGGUGAUGCUUCAACGUCUGGCCGUGGCGCAGCCUUUCACAUGGACAAUCCUACGGAAGACUUUCAUACCUACACCAUUGACUGGACGUCGACAGAGUUGGUUUGGCAGGUGGACGGAAAGACGCAACGUGCCUUGAAAGCUACUGAUGCUGGAGAUCAGUACCCUCAAACGCCCAUGCUGCUCAAACUUGGUAUUUGGAGCGGUGGUGAUUCGUCAAACGCUCCUGGUACAAUUGCAUGGGCAGGAGGAAACACCGAUUAUUCAGCAGGGCCGUAUACAAUGGUGGUACAGUCCAUCUCGGUCACGGACUAUUCGACUGGAACGUCUUACACGUACUCAGACCAGAGUGGUAGCUGGACUAGCAUAAAGGCGGCUGGAGGCUCCAUUAACGGAGGCUCGACCAAUGUCGACACUGCGGCACCUGCUAUCACUUCAGUUGUAAGCGGUGCCGUUCCAUUUGAAGGUACUCAUCGCACAUGGACUUCGGUCUCGACCCCAGGAAUCGGGAACUGGAGAGCCACGGCAUCCGGCAUGACCAGCACGGUAGCCACCGCGUACCCCGGACUACCCUCAGGGUGGACAGUAAACGGCUCUGGCAAAGUUGUGCCUCCAAGCAAAGCCACCACAGUUUACAUCCCCCUUCGCAUGGUCUUACUCCUCAGCUGCAGUCUUUCUCUAGGUCUAGCCAUGGGUUUCCUCUUGUGA